AUGAGUGGUUCCAUCCAUAAUAGUGGCAAAGCGCCUGGGAUAGUUUCGCCUCGGUUUUCCAGUGCGGCCAAUAAAGCAAACCCUGACGGUUCGAUGGGUCCACCGCCCGGUAUACCAGGUCAAGGUGGACUUACAGGGUCUCCCGUCCCACAGGGACCUUCAAGUCCUGGCUCUUGUGCGACAAAGUCGAUCAUGAAUGUGUCAGGCACUUCGGGAGCAGUGGUAAGUAAUACUCCUGAACCGGGACUCAAACGAGUGCCAACGGUCACAUUCAGUGACUCCCGGCAUCAAACAUUGAAACAGCAAGCCGUGAAUAAUUCCGUCAGUCAGCAGGGUAAACCAGCCUCCGGAGACGAAGCUGAGAAGCACCCUGAAACCACGAGUCCCAAAUUAAGGUCAACAACUUCUCCCACCAGCGUUAGAAACCCUUCACCUCCGCCAGUUUUGAACCGUAUGGAUUCCUCGGCCAUACCGCCGCGGCAGGAUUCGAAUCAGGCUGUGGGCCGUUCAGACUCGAAAAAACUUAAUCUGAUAUCAAAGCUUUUACAUUCGGCUGAUGUGUUGCACCAUAAUCCAAGCCAUGCAGCAAGCUCUAAUGAACACACGGCGACUGAAGAAUCCAAUAAAACCACUCCGGUGACUUCAGAUACGGAAUCUAAGCGAGACGUCAAAGAAGAACAUCCCCAUUUCGUUGUCGACGAUGUCCUGCAUUCCCCCAACUUCAGAUCAAGGUCCAACAGUGGUAGCCCCAUGCCAUCAAAUACACCUAUCAAUUCGGGCUUUGUUACCAGUGACAAAAAACAGGAGUCCUCUUCCAGGGUACAAGAACCUACUAUUCUCGAGUCUCUCGAUGAGGCCGUUGCCGAAACGCCACUAGAUCCACAAUCAGGCUUUCAACAAAUUGCGCCCAACAUUCCGAAGAGGGAAACUGGUAAGAACUCAGAGCCUCGUUUGCCUCAAGAUGACGGCAAACUUCACGUUUUACUUGGUGCCACGGGUUCCCUGUCAGUGCUGAAAAUAAAGGCCAUGGUCAAGAAACUGGAAGAAAUUUAUGGAAGAGAUAAAAUAUCGAUCCAGUUGAUUUUAACCCAGGCUGCAGCGCAGUUUUUCAGCAGUAGAGCCAAGAGACCAUCCAAAGUAGAAUCAAGAUCUGUUUCUGAAACUGGAAUAAUGGCCAGUCCUGGAGUUUUUCCCUCUGACCACACGCAACAUGUGAAAUCGCCACUCAGCAAUCCACUAGCUGCAGCACACAACAAUGCAGCGAAUGAGGUUGGUGCAGCGAAUCCUAAUGGUACCCCACUUUCGGGUGCGUCGCUCAAGAUUGAACUUCCCUCCCACAUUCAAGUCUGGACAGAUCAAGACGAGUGGGAUGUAUGGAAACAGCGUAUGGAUCCUGUCCUUCACAUCGAAUUACGCAGAUGGGCUGAUAUUCUGGUCGUUGCACCUUUGACAGCCAACACGUUGUCGAAAAUUUCGCUAGGGCUGUGCGACAAUUUACUCACCAGUGUGAUCCGUGCAUGGAACCCCAGCUUCCCAAUUUUCCUAGCGCCUUCGAUGGUUAGCAGCAGUUACAACUCUAGUAUCACGAGGCGUCAUCUCAAAAUGAUCAAGGAGGAAAUGCCCUGGAUUACGGUUUUCAAGCCCUCCGAAAAAGUGAUGGGCAUUCACGGUGAAAUUGGCCUUGGAGGAAUGAUGGACGCCAAUGAAAUUGUCGACAAGGUCGUGAUGAAACUGGGUGGCUACCCUGAAGAGGAAGAUGAAGAAGAGGAGGAAGAAGAGGAAGAAGAGGAAGACGACGACGAACGCAAAAGCUCACGCCAAAAAGCGGAACGCUCUUUGGACGAGGAUGACGAUGACGACGACGACGACGACGACGACGAUGAUGAUGACGAUGACGAUGACGAGGACGAUGAUGAUGACGAGGACGAUGGUGACACAGCGCGACCAUUGGGAUCUUUGCAGACAAAACUGGCACCUCAGAUCUCACAGUGA